AUGGCCGUCUCAAUGCUGCACGCCCCUUCACGCGCCUCGACCUCGUCCACCACGUCGUCCUUUGUGCCCGUCUCGCGCCAGAACACAAUGUCGUCACACGAUGGCUCGCGCUCAGUGCGCCAGUCGAAGCGCUACUCGGUCACCGCACUGUAUCUGUCCAUGUCCGCCAAGGACAAGGAACUCGAGAUCGAGGACGAUCUCGCCAGAGCCCAGAAGAUACUGCGAGAGCUGAAGACCAAGAUCUCGUCGCAGUCGAAGAAGAACUUCGUCCUCGAGAAAGACGUCCGCUACCUCGACUCUCGGAUAGCGCUCCUUAUCCAGAACCGCAUGGCGUUGGAAGAGCAAAACGAAGUUGCAAGCCAUCUUGAAGACGGUCUCGAGCUGCAAGAGGGCUCCUUCCCCAACGACGAGAAAACACAGAAAUACGGCAAUCUUCUGUUUCUGCUGCAGUCAGAGCCACGACACAUCGCCCAUCUUUGCCGACUUGUCUCAAUGGCUGAGAUUGAUGCCCUGCUCCAAACAGUCAUGUUCACAAUCUACGGAAACCAGUACGAGAGCCGUGAGGAGCAUUUACUUCUUACCAUGUUCCAGUCGGUGCUCACAUACCAAUUCGACAACACACCAGACUACAGCUCGCUGCUGCGUGCCAACACACCCGUGUCUCGUAUGAUGACUACAUACACAAGGAGAGGUCCCGGUCAGAGCUAUCUUAAAGUUGUGCUGCAGGACAGCAUUAACUCUUUAAUUGAGUUGAAGGAUCUCGACCUGGAGAUCAACCCGCUCAAGGUGUAUGAAAAGAUGGUCAGCGAACUGGAAGAGCAAGGAAACCUGCCUCCACACCUUCCAAAGGGCGUCACAGCAGAGCAGGCCGCAGAGAACGAAAAGGUCCAGCAGAUCAUUGCGCCCCGACUGAACAUGCUCAUGGAGAUUGCCAACAACUUCCUCUCGACUAUCAUCAAAGGUCUAGAGGAGACCCCGUACGGUAUUCGCUGGAUCUGCAAACAGAUUCGCAGCUUGUCACGACGAAAGUACCCGGAUGCGCAGGACCAGACAAUCUGCACGCUCAUCGGCGGCUUCUUCUUCCUACGCUUCAUCAACCCUGCCAUUGUCACGCCACGGUCAUACAUGCUGAUCGAUGCAACACCAGCCGAAAAUCCAAAGCGCACACUUACGUACGUUGCAAAGAUGCUGCAGAAUUUGGCCAACAAGCCCUCAUACGCGAAGGAGCCGUACAUGGCCAAGCUCCAGCCUUUCAUCCACCAAAACAAAGACCGCAUCAACAAGUUCCUUCUUGAUCUUUGCGAAGUACAGGACUUCUACGAGACCCUGGAGAUGGACAACUACGUGGCGUUGUCCAAGAGAGAUCUUGAACUGUCCAUCACUCUCAACGAAGUCUAUGCAACGCAUCAACUGCUGGAGAGGCAUGCGACGGAGUUGGUAAGCUCAAAGCUUGCGCGAAGGGACGACGCCAAGGAUAAAGUUACUGACUUGCUUCAGGCAAGAGAUGACAGUUCACAUCUUGGUGUGAUACUUCAGGAACUUGGGCCAGCACCGGCCCAGCUCCCACGUAAGGAGAACAGGGCGAUCAAUCUGCCAUUGUUCAGCAAGUGGGAGACACCGCUUGACGAUCUUACUGCGGCGCUUGACAUUACUCAGGAGGAGAUUUACUUCAUGGAGGCGAAAGGCACGUUCGUCAUGAUCUUGCGCUCGCUUCCUCCCCACACUUCGGUCACUCGGAGACCGUUGAGACUUGACAGGAUUGCCGAGGCAGCUGCGACGACGAAGAACGACUCGAUCAUGGUGAAGAAGGGCAUCCGCAGCAUGGAGCUGCUCAGUCAACUGCAAGAUCUAGGUGUUAUUGACAAAGAGGAUGGCUUCUCUCUACUUAGAGAUGAAGUCGAGCAGGAGUUGGUACACCUGGGAUCCAUGAAGGAGAAGACGAUCGAAGAGACAAGAAAGCUCGAGGAAGUCUAUCGGACCAUACGCGACCACAACAACUAUCUCGUGGGGCAGCUGGAAACAUACAAAUCCUACCUCCACAACGUUCGGAGUCAGUCAGAAGGGAAGACUAGGAAGCAGCAGAAACACCAGGUCCUGGGUCCCUACAAGUUCACACAUCAACAGCUGGAGAGAGAAGGAGUCAUCCAGAAGAGCAACGUCCCCGAGAACAGGCGGGCAAACAUCUACUUCAACUUUACGAGUCCGCUCCCAGGGACGUUUGUCAUCUCAUUGCACUACAAGGGCCGCAAUCGCGGCCUUCUCGAACUGGACCUGAAGCUGGACGACCUCCUCGAAAUGCAAAAGGACAAUCAAGAAGACCUUGACCUGGAAUACGUCCAAUUUAACGUUUCGAAGGUGCUUGUUCUGUUGAACAGGCGCUUCGCGCGAAAGAAGGGAUGGUAG